AUGGUCAAAGUAUCCCUGGACAACGUGCAACUGCUAGUCGACAUCGACAAACAACCUGCUUUCCCACCUUCGCAAACAACCGUCGCUACCAUCCUCUCCAAAGAGGCACUCGAAUUCAUCGUUCUCUUGCAUCGCACUUUCAAUGAAAGACGCAAGGCCUUGCUAGCCAACAGACAACAAGUACAGGCAAGAUUGGAUUCCGGCAACUACCAACUGGAUUUCCUUCCUGAAACGGCAAACAUUAGAAGCGAUCCCGUGUGGCAGGGCCCCACUUUGGCUCCCGGCUUGAUCAAUAGAGGUUGUGAGAUUACAGGCCCACCUUUAAGAAACAUGUUGAUCAACGCACUAAACUCAGAUGUCAAUACUUAUAUGACCGAUUUUGAAGACUCCAUGUCCCCCACUUGGAAUAACGUCAUUUACGGUCAGGUUAACUUGUUCGAUGCCGUGAGAGAUCAAAUUAAUUUCAAGACGCCAAGAAAGGAAUAUAAAUUGAAUGAUAAAUUCGAAAAUUUACCAACUGUCAUUGUGAGACCUCGUGGAUGGCAUCUACUGGAAAAGCAUUUGAUUGUGGAUAAUGAACCCAUCUCUGCAUCCAUCUUCGAUUUCGGUCUGUUCUUUUACAAUAACGCUAACAAAUUAGUUUCUCUGGGAAAAGGUCCUUACUUUUACUUGCCCAAGAUGGAACAUCAUUUGGAAGCCAAAUUAUGGAAUGAUAUCUUUAACGUCGCACAGGAUUACAUCGGAAUGACACGUGGUACCAUUAGAGCCACAGUCCUUAUUGAAACUUUACCCGCUGCUUUCCAAAUGGAGGAAAUCAUUUAUCAAUUGAGACAGCAUUCAAGUGGGUUGAAUUGUGGUCGUUGGGAUUACAUAUUCUCUACAAUUAAAAGAUUAAGAAAUUUACCACAACAUGUAUUACCAAAUAGAGAUCAAGUGACAAUGACCUCCCCCUUCAUGAACGCAUACGUGAAACGUUUAAUUAACACGUGUCAUCGUCGUGGUGUCCAUGCAAUGGGUGGUAUGGCCGCUCAAAUCCCCAUCAAGGAUGACCCAAAGGCUAAUGAAACAGCAAUGAAUAAAGUGAGAACUGACAAGAUUAGAGAAUUGACUAAUGGUCAUGAUGGCUCUUGGAUCGCACACCCUGCAUUGGCUGCCAUUUGUAAUGAAGUUUUCAUCAAUAUGGGGACAGCAAAUCAAAUUCAUUACGUACCAGAUUGUAACAUCACUGCUGGAAAUUUGGUAGAGACAAAUAUCGUCGGGGGACAAGUCACCAUCGAGGGUAUCAAACAAAAUUUGGACAUUGGGUUGCAAUACAUGGAAGCCUGGUUGAGAGGUUCAGGUUGUGUCCCCAUUAAUAACUUGAUGGAAGAUGCUGCUACUGCUGAAGUGUCUCGUUGUCAAUUGUAUCAAUGGGUUCAUCAUGGUGUGGUUCUCAGUGACACGGGUGAAAAAGUAACUCCACAAUUAACUGAACAGUUGUUGAAUGAACAAGUGGCAAAAUUAUCCAAGGCAAGUCCAUUGGGGAACAAGAACAAAUACGCUACUGCUGCUAAAUACUUCUUGCCCGAAAUCAAAGGUGAAAAGUGUAGUGAAUUCUUAACCACUUUAUUGUACGAUGAAAUCGUAACCAAAAAAUCCCGUCCAACAGACUUGAGCAAGUUGUGA